GAUGCCAGCAAAACCACAUCCUGGCAGGACAUCGCAGCACCAAUGGCGUCCACAGCCACCACCACCACCAUCCUUGGAAGCGCCACCUCGGCUACUAGGCCGUCAUCCGCCAGUAAUCCCACUUCGAAGCGCACCUCUGUUGUGGCCCUUCCGACGAGGAGGCAGGCCUUGACGAUGGUAGUGGGAACGGGGUUUGCAGGAUGGUGGAGAAUGGAACCGGCCAAGGCGGAAAACAUCCCCUUGUUCGGCAUCAGGAAGAAGCUGGAGAAGGUGGAGGAGGCGGUAGAGAAGGAGGCCGAGAAGGUGGUGGAGGCCGCCGAGAGCGAGAUUAGGAUGGCCGAGGAGGACUUGCAGAUGGUCGUGGAGGGAGGCGGGAGGACAGCUGAUUUGUGGCAGGCUGGCGCUGUUGUUGGGGCGGAGGUGGUCGGAGUGGUGAUUGCUACCUCCGUUGUUAAUGGAAUUCUCGGUCCUGAGUCAUAAAGAAAAAGGGCACUUGAGUUUCUGAGAACUUCUUUCCCUGACUGCUUCUUUUGAGUAUGUGGGCUUCCUUUCUGUAUUCUGUGGAAUGCUAGUGUCGCUUGUCUUCUCAUGUUAAGAAGAAAUGCAGUUCCAGUUUCGUAAAUGAAUAUUUGCUCUUUCUCUCUAUUA